UGACCGUGACCGUGACCGUGACCGUGACCGUGACCGUGCCCAACCCUGACUUUGACAAGGAGACCAGGACAGGGGAACAAGUGGCGUGUUGUCGACGUAAGUUAGAUUUUUCAGCGCGCGCAUACGGACGAACCGAACAGCCUCAACGGCAACCACCCGUAGCCCCCAAAAGAAAGCCGAUUUCCAAUACUAACACGAACACUGAGACUAUCACUAACACUAACACUAACAUUUCCAAAGUGUACCUGGCCUCAAUUCUUGACUCCGUUCCUGGUCCAGGGAGCGGCACCAGAGGAAGAAACGGGGUGCAAUAAUGGUCAACCACAGUACAGUACGCAAGAUCCCGGUGCCCCCCUGCCCUUCGUUUGCUGGCCCCUAAACGUUCUUGGGCAGGGGUUGGAUCUGUAACUGUUACUCGUACCUAGUCUCAAGAGCGUGUUCCUGGGCUGGCACACCAGGGCUGACUCCCCACUUGUGCCACCACGAGUCCACGGCGAGGAGCAUAGCAUGGCAUGGCAUGGCAUGGCAUGGCAAGCCCUUGAUCUUCACCCAUCCUCUCUUGCCUUGCUUGCUACCAACUACCAACCCUUGGCGACUGAAUUCUCUCCAUCGUAAAUCUCCCUUUCCUGAGACUGUCUGUAUUGGUGACUUGUGAACAUUCUUCUUAACUGAUGUCCGCUCGUCUGAUAUUGUGUUUAAUGCUAUUGUAACUCGAGUGAUUGCUCUUGCUGGUGUGGUGUUGUGUUGUCCCAAAGACAGGUCAGUAGUGUCGUCAUCCCGCUGCUUGACGAGCCAGCCAUCCCAAAGAACAGGCCGACGCAGAAUCUCGCCCCGUUGACAAAGAUCGAUCAACACACCACACCACGACGUAACAAAACCUCUCCCUCUCCGUUCCUGCACAAUACACGCUUCGACACUCGAAUCAGGUACAGGUGACCACUGCCCUCGAAUCGUGUCUGCGACAACAAUACCACGGCGCGCUGGAGCAAUAACAGAUCCCCGAGAUUGCAAGGGGCGUUUCCAGAGGUGACGGCAUGCCACCUUCAAAGCCAAAGUCUCCUCUGGACAAACCAUCCUCUUCGCACUCUCGCCGCCCAAGUAAUCCAAGACGUUCGAGCAGUGAAAAAUCUGCGACCAAGUCUUCAAAGCAUGGAGUAAAAUCAAGUUCGAGCUCGUCCAAGACCAAGGAUCCAAUGUCGGGCCUGGCCCCUGGUGCAAAGGCACCUUCACAUCCAGAUUCUAGCGACACAGAAAGAGAGGCGCUCGGAAGCUUAGAUAGUCCAAGAUCGCAAAAAUUCGAGGGCAUGCAAUCUUCGAGAGGCGACAUACCACAAUCAGAGGCCGUGACUGGGACAAACAAGGAGCGCGAACUAGAAGGUCAACAUGGCAAUUUCCAAAUACCACAAAACACGUCGCAGGAGGAGGUAGAACGCUUGAGAGCAGCCAUGAAUGCUCAGUUACAGCUUACGCAGUACCGUGAAAGGUUAGCGAAGCAGCUGGGUAGCAGAGAAGAAAAGGGGGUCAGCGGAAGUUUCACGCCGACAGGCAGAGCAAGAGUAUCUCCUAUCCACGAGGAAACCAUUUCACCAUCCCUGGAGGCAGCUUUUGAGACGCCCAUGUCUGUUGGACCAGAGACCGCAUCUACCGAGUCAGUCAGGACAAUUCGAGGUGGGAUGACUCCAGGACUGGGUGCAGUGAGAACUCCUUCGUAUCCAUUUCCUCCCAUGCGAACUCCAGGACAACUCAGUUUCAGCGGCCACCGACCAUUCACGGCUUUGUCUCCUACAGUAAAUCCUUCAAACUAUGCAGGCGGUUCUUUUGAUUCUGGUCUGCAAGAUCGCGUUCUUUCGGGUUCGGUUACACCAGCAUCAACAAUGAGAUUUCAGCCGCAAGGAGCUUCUGAGUCGCAGGAAGAUCUGAAUUUUGAGACCCCAAACCUUUAUGAUCUCAGUCUACUCUUGUCCUCCGAACCUGGCCUUGAUCCUUGGUGGACUACUGUUGUUCAGAUCAUGAGAAAUUUGUACCAGGCACAUCGAGUAACAUUAUCUGUACCUGCGGACACUACGGAUAUUGAGAAUGUUCCCUGGGGACAAAAAGCUACUUUCAAUGUCAUUGAAGAGGAUGAGUUGAGUCUUACUUACCUGCCACGUGGGAGCAGCUUGGUGCCGAGCAGUGUUGACACUAAUGACACGUCAAACUCAGAGGAUACAAAUCCAACCGAGGAGCCAGCUGGAGCGUCGUUAGAAACCCAGCGCGCAGCUUUGAGACCAGGUCUUUUGAGUAGACAUUCUUUCACUGCCUAUGAAGAGACGAAGCGGGAUCCCACUUCGACUUCCGAAGUCAGCAGAGCUGCUGUUUCUCGACCGAGUCCACUCAUCAGAGCUAAAAGCUAUCUUUCUGCUCGGCCUGAUAUGCCACCUCGGACAGCAACACUGCAAAAUGCCGAAUUGAGUCUCCAAUCUCUAAGAGAUCAUAUGGCAUUUGAGGAUGCGAAGCAGCCUUCCGAAGAAUGGGAGAAUCGAGUAAGCGCCAACAGGGAAGUCAAGGGACGAAUAUUCUCGGUGUUGCAAGCUUUGGAUUACGAAGCGGAGCCGUUGAUCGAUAACAAAGGCGUUUUACGAGUCGUCGAACGAGGAAAGGUCAUAGCCUUGACGCGGGAUUAUCCAUAUGUGGAGGCAACAAAGGACGAAAAGAGUGGAGGUAGCAAGUCAUCAUCCAGCCCUAGUAUGAAGUCCAAAGAAUCACCAAACGACCGAAACAAAAGCAACAAGUCUCCAGAUGUCGGUUCAAGGAUCUCAUCGUUUUUCGGGGGAAGGACUAGACGCUCAAGCCGAGGUGCGCGUACUUCAAGUGACAAAGGAAAGCUACCAGGAUCACGCAGCGUUGAAGAUGAAGAGCCUCAAUCGGCGCCGAAAUAUGAGGAGUAUGAACAAGCUCCACCAUCUCCAUGGUCCCAGUCGCCAGCUCCGUCUCCCGCAGUAAGAGUUGAGACCUCCGAGAAUCCGUUCUUCUCAAGCGCUCCUAUUGAUGAAGAAACAUUCAACCCUCGAGCCACAGCACCAGAUUACUCAGAUAUGCCACAACCUGAGACCAUUGGACUUGACAGAUCUUGGACGGUGUUGCAUAUUCCUUUGAUUCAUCCUUUGCUGUCUAAACCAGUGCAAUCAUUUCGUCUAGACGCGGCUGCAAUGGAAUUGAAAUCUGCGAAGGGCAAGACGGUGGAUUCUCAUCUGAAAGAUGUUGGAGACGACUAUACUAAAACCAGGGAAGAGACCAAGGGAAGGCAAACUCCCAUUGCAAUCCUCUCGAUUCUGAGCCCAGUAAUUCCUUACCCUUCGACGCUACGACAUUCCCUAGAACACUUGGCACCCCAUCUGGCAACCUCAUUUUCGCUGUGUCGACACUUCUCAAACCUUGAAACUGAGAUCGCGGGCUUGUCGAGGAAGCGUCCGCAGACAACCGGGUUUGGAGCUGUUGCAGGCGGACGAGCUGAUGAUAGAUUAAGGGCAGCGCAUCCAGCAUACUCCCCUGCUGAAGAAAUAUCAAUGCAACAUUCCACUGGCGGUAGCAUUACCAGUCCCAGUGACUAUUCUGGAGUCUCGAGAAGCACAGCUGGGUCUCAUUCAGGUACCCCAGGUUGGGAUCCUAGUAGUGUAGGGCUUUCCAUGGAAAAGCGAUCAAGUGGUGGCAGUCCCAAUUACACCGCAGGGGAAAGCUAUUUCAGCAGUAGAGCAAGACCAGGUGUGUCGCGAGUUGAGACCGGCUCGGCAAGUAGCAUCACUGGUGCACGGCGCACUUCUAAGGAAUCACCAUCUUCUACAGAUGCAAGGUCGCAAAAGCACUCGUGUACGUCGGAAGAGAAGCCUAGGGAGACUGAGACCGCUGCUGUUGAUCACGGUGACGACGAUGUAAAAGAGAAGCAUGCUUCACAGUAUGAAAGCUCCACGACGAGUACGCCUCGACAAGAGUCUCGAACUCGGCCGGUUGAAUCCGAGAAUAGAGAGGGUAGUCCUUCGCGGCAAGGUACAGAUUCACAACACUCUCCUCGGAGAUUAGCUAUGCGUACCGCGUCGAACCAAGGUACAGGAAAGCCAGAACGACAACAUACUCAGUUACACUCGUACGGUGCGGAUUUCGGUGCCACUUUCCAGUCUCUACCCACACCGUCAGGCAAAGGUCCUACAAUUGUUAAAAUACCAUCCCGAUCGGGCUCUAUAUCGAUUCCGCCAGACUACAUGCCGCCACCAUCAGAUCGCGUGAAGGGCAUUAUGCUGGACUCAUUACCUCUCCAUAUAUUCAUUGCUUUGCCACCUACCGGUGAGAUGGUCUGGGUCAACAGUCGAUAUCUGACUUACAGAGGCCAAAGUGUGAAAGAUUUGCACGAAGAUCCGUGGGCUAGUAUUCACUCAGAGGAGAGAGAUGAGUAUUUAAAGGCUUGGAGUCAUGCGAUUCGUACCGGAGAGCAAUUUUCUAUGCAGGUUCGCCUCAGAAGAUUCGAUGGAACUUAUCGUUGGUUCUACACCAGAGCUGUGGGUCUCCGAGACAGUCGUGGAGUCAUCGUCCAGUGGUAUGGCACUCACAUGGACAUUCAUGACCAGCAUAUUGCGGAAGUCAAAGCCGCUAGGCAAGAAGAAAUCGAGGCGUCGGAAGCCAAGCAUCGUCAGCUGGCAAAUCUCAUUCCACAAAUCAUCUUCUCAGCAACCGAAGAUCAAGGAGUGACCUUCGCAAACCAGCAAUGGCUUUCUUACACUGGGCAAGAAUUUGACCAUUCCCUCGGUCUUGGAUUCAUGGACUAUGUUCAUCCCGAGGACCUGGCAAGAUGCCAUGUUCCAAUAAUUCGUCCUCCGACACCAGACGAAUCCGCUUCAAAAUCUCGAGCAGAGCCCAGCCGAAACCCGUCUCAAUCAUCCUCAGGAGGGAAGAGCUCCAUCCACUCUAACGUAUCCUCGGCACCAACAGAGCGGACUAUCAAGGGGGUUUACCAAGCCCUUUCCAGAACCAAUAGCUCCAGCAGUGGAUCGACCUACGAGUUGCCCAGCGCUGACUUUUCCGAGCUCAUGAAGGCUGGCGUAAUCAAAGUCGAAAUUGAUGGCAAUGGCCGAACUUCUUAUAGCACGGAAGUUCGUCUCAGAUCCAAGUCUGGAGAGUACCGCUGGCAUCUCGUUCGUUGUGUUGAAGUUGACAAUAUCAACCUCGGCAGUGGAGAUGGAUCUUGGUUUGGUGCCUGCGCAGAUAUCAAUGAUCACAAGCUGCUUGAGAUGAAGCUCAAGGAAGCUAUGGACUCAAAGGGCAAGUUCCUGAGCAACAUGUCUCAUGAGAUUCGCACACCACUUAUUGGCAUCUCUGGCAUGAUUAGUUUCCUGCAAGACACCCCUCUCAACGACGAGCAGAUCGAUUACUGCAACACGAUCGCAUCUAGUGCUGAAGGCCUCUUGAAUAUUAUUAAUGAUAUCUUGGAUCUUGCGAAAGCUGACGCGGGCAUGAUGAAGCUUUCUCACGACUGGUUUCAUACUCGCUCUCUGGUAGAGGAAGUCAAUGAGAUGAUCUCGACAAUCGCCAUUACGAAACACCUCGAAGUCAAUUACGUCGUUGAUGUCGAUGUUCCGGAAAUGGUCAAAGGCGACCGAUUCCGCAUCCGUCAAGUCCUUCUAAAUGUCAUUGGCAACGCAAUCAAGUUCACAAGUGUUGGCGAAGUCUUCAGCCGAUGCAGAGUCAUAAAGGAUGCAGAAGAACUGGAGGAAAAUGAGGUCAUGCUUGAAUUCUCCAUCAUUGAUACCGGCCGUGGUUUUACACAAGAGGAAGCAGAGCUCAUAUUCAAACCGUUCAGUCAGAUUGAUGCGAGUAGCACGCGGACUCAAGGUGGUACCGGACUUGGCCUUGUUAUUUCUAGGCAGUUGGUAGAGCUUCAUGGUGGUCAGAUGGAGGGCACAGCGGUCCCAGGAAAAGGUUCUACCUUCACAUUCACAGCGAAGUUUCAGUUGCCCACAGAGGACGAUCAUCCAGAUCCGUCAACAACACCUGCUCUCAGUACAGUUCCAUCAACCCCAUCGGCUAGGGCGUCCUUGAAGUCCCAGAUCUCGUACGAGACAACAGCUCGCGCUAUCAGGCAGGCAGGUGGGAAUCCCAUCUUAGCCAGCAGAUUGAUUCAGUCCCCAGCAGAGGAGGGCCAAAGCCCGCGUACCGAGUCAUCUGGAACUGGGACAGAUCCAGUACCAUCGUCCGGGAGUUCGAAUCCCUCACUCAACUCGACUAGAUCACCCACAACACAGCGGUCAUCGAGCUCGUCCACUAAUCAAUCACUGGCUCAUUUCGGUGAGGCAGCUCGAUCAAUUGCGCCCGAUCCUUCGAGCAUGAAGUUGGAACUACCAGAAAGAACACUAUCAGACUCGCUAUCUACACCAUCUGAGUCACAAGGUGCUACGCCCACCCCAGCCACACUACUUGCUGCACAGGGCAGUUCCAUGUCUGAUAUCAAGCACUUCCGACCACCGAUGUACUCAAUCUUACUUAUUUGUCCUCAAACACAUAGUAGAGAAGCUACAACGCAGCACAUUGAGAUGACUCUUUCAAAGGACGUACCUCACAAGAUUACGGGCUUGGCAAGUGUUGACGAAGCACGUGCUAUGAUUGGUGGAGACAAUCCUGUCAUUUUUACGCACAUUGUUUUGAAUCUCGGCUCGUCUGAAGACAUCAUUACUUUGAUCGAUCAAAUUGUGGCAUCUGCUACUCUUCCUAACACUUCCAUAGUGGUCCUCUCCGACCCAGUACAGCGACAAGAAGUCAUCAGAAACACCGGAAAUGACUACGAUAAAUUGGCCAAGGACAACCAGCUUACAUUCAUCUACAAGCCAGUCAAGCCAUCCCGCUUUGCAGUCAUCUUCGACCCUGAUAAGGAGAGGGACCUGAGUACGGACCGAAACCGCUUCAGUGCUCAGCAGCAGGUUGCGAAUGCUCGACAGAAUUACCUCGACAUUGGCAAGCGACUUGGCAACAAGGGAUACAGAGUUUUGCUGGUCGAAGACAAUGCCACCAACCAGAAGGUGCUCAUGAAGUACCUAAGCAAGGUCGGGAUAGCAGUUGACUUGGCUCUGGACGGAGUCGAGUGCACCGAUCAAGUCUUCGCGAAGCCCCAUUCUUACUACUCCCUAAUUUUGGUACGUACAUGGAGUCCAACCACCCAUUCAUCAAGCCCGUCUAACAUCAUCCACAGUGCGAUCUUCACAUGCCAAACAAAGACGGCUACCAAGCCUGUCGCGAGAUCCGCAGAUGGGAGAAGCACGAAAAGUACUCUCGCAUGCCCAUCAUCGCACUCUCCGCAAAUGUCAUGGCCGACGUCCUCGAUAAAUGCAUCGAAGCAGGUUUCAGUAACUACAUCACCAAGCCAGUCGACUUCAAAGCCCUUAGCGCCCUCAUGGGUGAUCUCCUGGAUCCCGUCACACCUGCUGAAACAGGCACGACUACAACUUCAACCACUACGACCUAAAUAAUUUAUGCCUUCAUCACUUCAGCUACAACUACACCUACAGUUGUUUCUUCUUCUUUGACAUUUGAGCGCGUCCAGCAGCGCGGCACAUGCAUGCAUUUCUCGGCGUUUCGUUUGGGAUGAGAUUCCCCUUUUCCUUCAUCCUUCAUUAACUUUUUGUAAUUUGGGCAUUUUUGAGCAUAGCGUGCGCGUGUUUGCUGGCAGGAAGGCAAGGCGGGCGGGCCGGCCGGCCGGGUCUGGGUUGGGAAACAAAUCGAUUGAAAGCAAGUCAAAGGGGGACUUAAUGAGAUGGGCAGGUGGGACAAGCCCACCAAUAUUAAAAUCCAGAGUUUUGGUUGGACUAAGCCGCUGAUUCAUUCACAUAAGUUGAAUUCCAUCAACACAUGUAAAAUAUGUAUGAUUGUACGACUUUCCAUGUUCUCUUCUACGGCCCUUUUUCCUCUGGAUGCUUCUUUUGAAUCGAGAGGAGAGAGACGGACGGCUAGGAGAGAGGGAGGGAGGAUUUGUAGGAUAUUGAAAUUCUGCCGAUCUGAUACCACCCUGUCUCCUGUUGUUUCUCUUUCUCUUCUCUACAUCUCCUGAGGCGGGCGGACGGGGUUAGAGCUUAGAUAUCCCUUUGAUUUGGCCAUUUCCGAGAAGGGGUAUAUGCGGAUUACUUUCUUCUCUCUUCUUGUUGAGCGUGCAUGGAUGGGCGGAUGAAUGGUUAAAUGAAAGGAUGGAU